AUGGAGACAGCUAGAGGUAUAGAUACAGCUACAACUCCAGCUACAGAGUACAAGUCAAGUUCAAUAGGUACUGCCAGAUCCACUUUGAAGGAAUCUGUGGUUUCUAAUCAUCUUACAAGGCAAGAAAUUAUUGAUAAUUUGCUAAAUUUAGCCAGGCAAGAACAUCUUAAAGGUAACUCAUCUAUUACUGCUGAUAAGUUGAAUAAGCUACAGAGCGUCUUGGAAGAGAAAAGUGCCGGUAAGAAAAAGAAGAAUAUUGAGACAAAGUUACAGGGAAGGCAGAAUAUUGAGACAAAGUUACAGGGAAGGCAGAAUAUUGAGACAAAGUUGCAGGGAAAGAAGAAUAUUGAGUCCCAGUUUGAAUCCAAGUAUAACAAGUAUCAAAGAGUUCCAGAUUUGCCAGGACAAGUUAGGUCCCAACCACAUCCGAAGCCAAAGUAUCCUCCAUUAUUCGACAAGUUUGACCUUCUGCGAGCAUUAAAGAAACAACCAUCGCCACCGUUACCAUCACCACCACCGCGCAAGGCAGGUUCACCAAGCACCAACAAGGACAAAAAAUCCAUAAAAUACUAUAAACCGCGAAAAUUCACAUUUAGACAAGUAGAAAACAUGGCAGUCAAUGUUUUGGAAAACAUAGCCAAUUUAUUAGAUAACCUACAUUUACUUUCCAAUUUACCAAUGUUCCCUCAGUUUCUUACCAAGUUGUUGAAACAAACAAAUAAACUAUGGGUAUUGAUUCUUAUUUUCCUUAUCCGCAAAACAAUUUCACAACUACUCAAUGUAAUACGCAAAAUAAGGAAAGUAAACAUUGAGAAGGAGAUACUUAAUUCUAAAAGUGUUUCGAAAUCAAUUAUCAAUCAAGACAUCAACAAGAAAUAUGACAAGGUAUUACGCGAUUUGAAGUUUGACAAGAUGAUGCUCGUGAUUGAGUUGGUUGGUAACUUUUUGGACUUGACUUUUAACGCAAUUGAAUUAUAUGGAUUAGUCUUGCCCGAUUGGAUAAUGUCGGGGUUGAACUUUGCUAGUAUGGCAAUGACUAUUUAUAGAAUGAAUAAAGACGACGAGUAUCUUGAUGAUGAUAUUACCGAGGAUUUAAUAUGA